UUAUACUAUUGUUAUCGGAUUUUUUUUUUUUGAAAAAUAUAAUUUGCGAAACGCCUAUUUUUCUGAUACAUAGCUAAAAAAAUGGAAGAUCAAAGAGUUGUUGAAUUUAUCUAUGACUUUGAUAAUCUAGGAACCCCAGAAACUAUUAAAGAAAAUAUUAUCAUUCCUUUCCCUUUAAACCAAGUUGAUGAAUUGGUAAACAAGAUAAUUAAAUCUGAUGAAGUACUUUUGUUUAUGGAUUUUAAUAAAGAAUUAAAAGAAAAAUUAACUUUGUUUGUACGUGAAGAAAACCAGAAAUUUUAUGAUGAUCAGGAUGAUUAUUUAAUAGAAAAAUUCAAAAAUGGAGAAAUUGACACUGAAGAGAUCGUGCGAAAUUUGGAGAAACUAUAUAAAGAGGAAGUUUUAGAAUAUGCAGAUCGAAUUGGACCAACUGAUGAUGAAAUAUUUGCGCAAUCGUUUCAUCGAUUGGUCCAUUCGUCAUCGUGUUUACCAGAUAUACUUGAAAAAGAAAAAGCAUAUGCACGUGUGAUAGCUGAGAUGACAAAACGAAUGGAAACAGAAAUUGAAAAUUUAAACGCUCAACAACAAGAUGAAAUGAAAGAAUACAUAGAUCAACUUGAUGUUUCAAAAACCUCGGAAGAUAUUAAUAACUUACUAGCUAGGCAUUAUUCAACACAAAAUUAUGUGAGAAAAAAAUGGGAAUCAGAAUUGGAAGCAAAACGGGGCCAUCAGAAAAAUGAAUAUCGGGAAUGGGUAACAGGUCAAGUUGGAAAAUUAUUUGAAACUUCUUCACCAGUAACGACACCAGUGGGAAGCCGUUCUUCAACAUUCAUCUCACAAGCACCAUCAAUGGAAGAAAGUUUCACCAUUCACUUAGGAUCUCAAUUAAAACAUAUGCACAACAUUCGAAUAUUAGGUGCUAAUAUUUAUGAUUUAUGUAGUCCACUGCAUGCUGAUGAAAGUUUAAAUGGAUUAAAUAUGGCACUUGGUUUAUAUUCAAGUUCCUUAUGCGGUGUUGUCGUUUUAACACCAUCUGGACAAAUUCGAGCAAAUAAUCAAAUUAUAAAAAAUGCAAACAUGUCAACAGAAUUCCAUUUUGAUCAGAUCGAUGAACAAUUAGAUAAAAUAAUGUCAGAUGUGAAUGGUGUGUGUGAACAGAAACAAAACUCAAAUGGGAGUCCCAUAAAAGUAACACCACGAUUAAAAACUGGUGACUUUUUUAUUACGAAACAUUCGAAUUUGUCUCAAUCACAUGUUAUAUUUCAUUUAAUAUCAGACGAACCCCAUGCUUCCGAAAUUAACUCGCGUCAUCCAGUUAUUUUAGGCUUACGAAAUAUCAUGAAAGUAGCAAGUAGACAUGAUAUUGUAACUUUAACAAUACCAGCACUUUUAAGACAUGAAAUGUCCGAGGACAUGACAGUUCAAUGGUGUGUUCGAAGAGCCGAAUUGAUAUUUAAAUGUGUUAAGGGUUUUAUGAUUGAAUCAUCAACAUGGGGUGGUGCUGAAUUGAGUACUUUGCAAUUUCUUUUGCCGUUUGAUAUAUCAGAGGAAUUAUUUAAUACAUUAACAGCGAUGGUUCCAAAUGUAUUUAGAGUGGCAAAUCCUAAAAUACUAGUUGAUAAUACAAGUCGUAAAGAUUCGUAAUGUUAUUAAUUCGAAAAAAUAUUUUAAAAAAUAUUCUAUUCACAUAAAUUGUUUUAUUUUCAAAUUGUGAUACACCGAAUACGACAUUUAUAACUUGCUAAUAUAAUAUUUAUUUAAAAAAGCCUCAUCUUAAC